AUGAAGUCCAUCUUCGCCCUCGGCGCUGCUGCCCUCGUCGCCCUCGCCGUGGCCGACCAGACUGGUCAGUAUACCACCACGCAACACUCCAUCCUAGGCCUUGAUGCUGACCAGACUGCAGUCACCGUGACCGAGACCGUCACCGGAACCGAGUGCGCUGCCGGUGAGUGUCCCGCGAAUGCACUCACUGUGCUCUCGUCCGCCCUUCUCACUUUUCCACCAUCCCUGACUCCCAACCGCGUCCAACCGACCACCGUCACCACGACCAUCGUGCCGGGUACUGGCUCCAUGAGCACAGCAAGCUUACAAUCUCCUUCUUCAGCAGGCUCUUCUGGCACUUCUGCCCCGGCUGCACCAGCCUACAGCAGCGCCGGCUCCUCCGCUGCUGCGGCACCAACGACCACCGUCACCACCGAGAGCACCGCGGUCGCUGCCUCCACCAACGUCGUCCCGGCUCCAGUCUCGUCUGGCUCCGCUCCGGUCUCGGGCGCCACCACCGCCGCUCCAGCCCCCGCCUCGACUUCCGCCGCUUCCAGCAACGAGGUCAGCCCGCAGACCAACAGCGAGGGUUCCACCCUGACCACCGCCACCGGCAGCGCUUCCUCGUCCGCUCCUGCCUCCAGCACCGAGGCCGGCGGCGAGACCGCUUCGGCCGCCGGCUCUGCCACCACCUCCUCCGCCCCGGCUGCCAGCACUGGUAAAUAUCCCCCAAGAGAGCUUCUCCCACAUGUAUCGUGCUUCAUCACUGACAUCCUCACAGGCGGUGCCGUCGCCAACUCGGCCAGCAUCCUCGGUGGCCUCGGUGCCCUGCUCGGCGCCAUGCUCUUCAUCUAA